AUGGCGCGCAGCGAAGAUGGGAUGCAGGCUGAUUCUAACAGUGGCAGUGAGACCGUCUAUCCGCUCUCCGCCGAAGAGGUUGUGGAUGCCGCCUACGUCCACCCUGGCGCAAGAAAGCUCUUCGACAGGUCACCGAUAUUUCGGCGGAUUCCUGUCUUCGGAGAAGCGGUAAAGGGCUUUGGUCCGAGGUGCGUCAUUUCACUUGGCUUGAUCCAGUUCCUUUGUAAAGGUGUUGCCAACUACCUCAUCGCCUAUUCUAUACUUCCCAUGUUCACGCGCCGCUACGGCCUAACGGGAAUGGAGUACCAACGAAUGGUGGGCGUGACCAAGUUGGGAACGUCUGUUAAGCCGCUUGUGGCGGUCCUCAGCGACAUGUUCGCGUUGUUCAGCUACACCAAGCGAUGGUACUGUGCGGCGUCAUGUGUGCUUGGGGCUGGAAUGGCUGUUGGCUACGGCCUCCUUCCGGCUGCGCCCGCAAGCGCAGCCACUGCCGCAGCGUUUGUCUUCCUCACAGGUUUCAGCAAAUCCAAUGUGGACAUCCUUAUUGAGGGGCACUACAGUCGCCUGAUGCAUCAUCGACCAGAAUCAGGGCCUGCGCUGGUAAGUUGGGUCUGGUGGUUCAUUAUGAUCGGUGCCAUUGUGGCUUCUUUUCUCCAGGGGCCGCUCUCCGACGCGCAUUUGGAGCACAUUGGUAUUUUUGUUUCCGCCGCGCUGCAGCUCCUCACAUCUGUCUUCUUUGUGUUUAACUGGAUUGAGGAGAAACCCAACCGCGAGGAGCGCAUGGAAGACCAGCGCAUGGCACGGGCAGCGAUGCUGAAUGAAGUGCAGGAAACGAAGCUGGGUGACGGAGAUCCUACCGUGGCUGAGGGGAAUGUUGUGCAGGACGGUGGCGACUUGGUUGACCUCUCCGCGUAUGAGCCGUUCGAUGAGCUGGAUGAUUCUGAUGAGCCGCUGCCUAUCCGCGAGUUAUGCUGCGGCGCUGUGGAGUUCAAUACCGAGGUCCUCAGCCGCAAUCGUUUGGUGCUCAUCUACUCAGCUCUGAUGGCGGUUGGUGUGGUGAGUAUGGCGAUUGUGACAAUUCUCGGUACGAAGCAAGAUCUUCUCAUUGCUUCUGUAACUGUCUCCGUCUUUCUUGGCGCCUUCGCGUUCUAUGCAUUGCCCAAAAUGGUUGCAAAAGUCAGCCUGUAUAUAUUCGCUCACAUGGCGUUCUAUCUACAGUUCCCCGGCGCAUUGGAUACAUUCUACACUGCUGGACCAGACUGCCUUCCUGACGGCCCACAAUUCAACCUGUUCUUCUACUACACGAUUGGCUCGGUUAUUGGAAACGUUGGUGGUAUUGUGGGUGUAACGCUCUUCUCGUAUGUGUUCUCUAAGCGAAGCUACCGCCUGAGCUUUAUCAUUACAAUGAUGGUGCAAAUAUUGGGGAGUGUGUUUGAUAUCAUCAUCGUCAAGCGCUGGAACAUACGUGUUGGCAUCAAUGAUCACAUAAUGUACGUUAUGGGCGAUCAGAUUGUCUACCAGGUGUGCUACAUGCUCAGUUGGAUGCCAUGUGUGCUGCUGAUUUCGCGUGUUUGCCCUAAAGGAGCGGAAAGCAUGGUGUACUCCGUGCUUGCGGGUUUCGCCAACCUUGGGCUGGCUAUGUCAAACAACUUUGGUUCAAUCCUGAUGGAGCACGCGUUUCCUGUGGUGACGAAACCCCCCUGCGACUUCCACAACGUGCCGAUGCUGCUGCUGAUUGGGCAUUUCCUCCUUCCGCUCAUUAGCAUUGCGCUCGUCUUUGUCUUGAUUCCGAAUGCCCGUGUAUGUGAUGAUAUUGACCUGGACGGCAAUGUUAAGCUGAAGAAGGGCGACGAGGAAGGCAACGCAAUAGGGACCAGCCAGGAGUGA